UUCCGAGCUCGACCACAGGUGUGUCUCGGCCCAAAUAACGGACAUAGAAACCCCAUGACAGACGGUAUCGCUAAGUGAAGACAACGAGACGUGGUUCCCCGAGCAGGCGUAAGGCGCCAAGAUGACCGAGGACUUCGGGGGAGUGACGAUGAGUGACGAAGACAGCGAAGAGGACACGCAACUCCACCCCUAUCAGUGCAGGCAGCCUACGGAAUUACAGGGAACUGUAUCAAAAUGGACCAAUUACAUCCAUGGCUGGCAAAACCGUUACAUGGUUUUGAAGGAAGGAACAAUGAGCUAUUACAAAAACCAAGAUGAGACUGCGUUUGGAUGCCGUGGCUCUAUAAGUGUCCAGAGAGCCCAUGUGAAGCCUCAUGAGAUUGAUGAAUGCCGUUUUGACAUUUGUUUAAAUGACUGUGUGUGGUAUCUUCGCACUGGAACAGAAGAAGAGAAGCACCAAUGGGUUGAUGCAAUAGAGCAGCACAAGCUGGAAACAAAUGGAUUACGGCGCCAUGGCAGUGCUGUGUCCUUGACCUCCAACACCCUUUCUACAACCUCCGGUUCCUCUUUCAAACGCUCAAAAGGACUAAAAGAGAAAUUGGCAGAAAUUGACACAUAUCGAGAUAUUCUUAUACGACAAAUGGAAACACUUCAAUCUUACUUUGAUGCCUGUGCUGAGACUUAUAAAGACAUAAAGAAUAAUGAAAAGUUGUUAGAAAUCUUAGAGAAGCAUGGUUCCUAUGCUCUGGAUUUUCGUGGAGAAGCACUUACAUUUAAGGCAACAACUGCAGGGAUCCUAACCACAUUAAGUCAUUGUGUAGAGGUCAUGAACCAAAGAGAAGAGUCCUUUAAGAGGCGACUCGAACGUGAAGCAGAGAAAAGAAAGCGACUUGAGGAAAAAUUAAAACAUGCUCUUGCACACAGCACACAGGAGACACAGCCUAGCAGAAGAGUGGUAGUUAUGGGUGGACCAGACUAUGAGGAAGGACCUCAUAGUGUCAUAGGAGAGGAUGAAUUCUUUGAUGCAGUUGAGUCAGCGCUGGACAAAAUGGAUGAGGAGGAGGAAUUCCGUGAACGUCUGCGCCAGAAGCAACUAGCAGCGCCUCAGAAGUCUGCAACUACACAUCCUCUCUGGCCACAAAUUGAAAAGCUGACGAUGGAGCAACUUGGCUAUGCACAACAAGAUGUGGAAGGGGGUGUUUGGCAAUUGUUUGCUGAAGAAGGUGAAAUGAAAAUGUACCGCAGAGAACUUGAGGAAGAUGGCUUGGUGGUUGACCCUCUGAAGGCAGUUCACCAAGUUAGAGGUGCUACUGCCCAUGAAAUGGUUCAUCACUUCUGGUCACCAGAUGUUAGAUUUGAGUGGGACACAAGCAUAGAGCAGAUGACAGUCUUAGACAGGAUAUCUGCAGACACACUCAUAUUCCUGCAGCUUCACAAGAGAGUCUGGCCGACUGCUCAACGUGAUGCCCUGUUCUGGUCGCACAUACGGGAGAUAUCAUCCUCUGACCCAGCCAAUGGCAAAGCCCAUGACACCUGGAUAGUCUGCAAUCAGUCUGCUGAACAUCCUGAUGCUCCAAAUGAUGGGAAAUAUGUCCGAAUAGACUUGACAGUAUGUUUUGUGUGCCAAACAUUUAUUGACCCUCCGCCAGCUGAGGGACAACCUAUAACACGAGACAAUCUGUUGGUUAAAAUAACUUACUGCUCAGUAGUUAACCCCGGAGGAUGGGCUCCAGCUUCAGUUCUACGAGCAGUGUACAAACGUGAGUAUCCAAAGUUCCUGAAGAGGUUUACUCAGUAUGUAGUGGACAAGUGUGCGGACCAGCCCAUUGCCUUCUCGGGGUUGAAGAUCAAGGACCACAGCAAACACUGGAGGGGUUGAUGGAGUCCUGCUUGGUGGGAGAAAAAAACAUUGUUAAAGAAGAGUUUAAAUGAAUAUUGUGUAAAUGUAAUACAGUUUUGAAUGUCGUGAUGAUAGCACAAACAGUAGCCAUCAACUGGGCAGACAUUCCUCGAUUUAUGGAGUUCUUAGGUUCCUGAAGCUAGUACAUAAGCCAAAAAUAAUUUUAAGACAACUAAAAAGUAAAU